ACAGCCGGGACCGCGGGCGCCGAGCCCCCGCAGCCGCCCCGCCAUGACGAGCCUCUUCCGCCGGAGCAGCAGCAACGGCGGCUCCCGCGGCGGCUCCUCCGCGCAGGAGCUCAACAACAGCCGCCCCGCCAGGCAGGUGCGGCGCCUGGAGUUCAACCAGGCCAUGGAGGACUUCAAGACCAUGUUCCCCAACAUGGACUACGACAUCAUCGAGUGCGUCCUGAGAGCCAACAACGGCGCCGUGGACGCCACCAUCGACCAGCUUCUGCAGAUGAACCUGGACGGCAGCGGCUGCGACGACAGCUCGGACUCGGAGGACAGCAUCCCCCCCGAGAUCCUGGAGCGCACCCUGGAGCCGGACAGCUCGGACGAGGAGCCCCCUCCCGUGUACUCCCCUCCUGCCUACGAGAGCCAGGCGUUGGGCAGCCGCUGCCCCCGCGGCCCGCCCACGCCCCCGCCCAGGACGGACGUGCCCGGCCCCGGCAGCACCGCGGCGCCGGCGCACUACAGGAACUGGAACCCGCCGCUCCUGGGCAACCUCCCCGAGGACUUCCUGCGCAUCGUGCCCCAGCAGACGGCCGGCACACAGGGCUCCCACAGCUGCCGGCAGCCCACGCCACGGGGGCUGUGCCCGCGGGGCCAGGGCUCCCUGGAGCAGGAGCGGCGAUGGAAGCAGUACCUGGAGGACGAGCGGAUCGCGCUCUUCCUGCAGAACGAAGAGUUCAUGAAGGAGCUCCAGAGGAACCGGGAUUUCCUUCUCGCCCUGGAGAGAGAUCGAUUGAAAUAUGAGUCAAAAAAAUCCAAGUCGACAAGCGUUGCUGUCAGCAACGAUUUUGGUUUCUCCUCAGUAUUAUCAGGUGACGCAGCUCCCUCUGCAACCAGCGAGGCCGGCGGUGCCGUGUCCGACGAUGCCUUAUUCCGAGACAAGCUCAAACACAUGGGAAAAUCCACGCGCAAGAAGCUGUUCGAACUCGCCAGAGCCUUCUCCGAGAAGACGAAGAUGAGGAAAUCAAAAAGAAAACACUUGUUGAAGCACCAGGUGAUGGGGACAGCGGCUUCCACGGCGAACCUUCUCGAUGACGUGGAAGGACACGCAUAUGAUGAAGAUUUCCAAGCACGGCGGCAGCAGCUCCGGGAGGAGGAGGAGACGCCGAAGGAAGGGCAGUAAAGGGUCCCAGCACUGCGAUUUCUUGCUGGCACAGGACGUGCACGAGGCUUCACCAGGAGAUGGCUGAAAAAGGAAAAACCCACCCAACAAAUCACCCAGAUUUUGGCUGUUCCCCCUCUGCUGCUGUACUCCUCUUGAAGUACAAUUGUCCGAGCGAGGCACAACGUUUUCUUACCACUGGUUUGAAAACAACUUUUCCUAUCGAGCAAAUCAGCCAAAAAGGAAAGGAAGGAAAGGAAAAAAACGAAAAAAAAGCAAAAAAAAAAAAAAAAAGCGGGCAGCUGCUGCGGGCGGCUGCGGAGGAGCCAGCGAGCUCGGGCUGGGGAGGAGCAGCCCUGCCUGCUCUCGGCCGGCGGCGGGGCAGGAGGAGCGCAAUCAGCCGCACUAACGAGGAUCCAUUCACACGUGGGGUCUGCUCGGCCGGAGCACUCCUGAACAUAUCCGUAGUGGUCUGAUGUAACUUCACUCUGCGCACACCGGGACAAAAUCCGCGUGAGAAAGGGAAGCUAACAGCCGUUGUCUAUUAUUGCUAGGAGUAAUGAGCAGAGAUUCAGAUCAGGUGAUAGUCAAAUAAUAUAAAUUGUUUAUAAAGGAAAGGCCUUCUUUUCCUAGGCGUUUCACUUUGAAUUAAACCUUUGCCUUCGGCAUUGCUACAACUGCCUUGAAGUUGGGAAGCUUUGUGCCGGCGCGGGGCAGCACCAAGGGCUGGAUUGCAGAGCAGUUUGACCCUCACUGAUGGAGCAGGACACAUCCCGCCAGGCCUGGGGCACUGGGGCUGCUCCCGGGAGCUCCAGGGAUGCCCCCGCUGUAGGUAAAGAGGCAAAACCCAAGCCAGGGGUUGGCAGGGCUGGUGGAGGUGUUUUCAGCACUGAGCUUUUACUAGGGCUUGGGGGCACUGCUGGGUUUGGUGCGGGGCAGGAGCCGAGCCCCUUCCUCGUGCCCGCAGCGCCGCCGGAAUCCUGCAGCUCUUGGAGAUGCUGUCAGGCUCAAAAUAAUUACAUAAACAAAUUCCUUCGCUGUGUAA